UUCGUUCUUUCCUCCAAGGGGGAACUUGGACCGCCCUAAACUAUAAAGUCUAGCGGCUCCUUGGGAAGUAGUAGCCCUUACUCACCUGUCUAACCGCAGGCUGUUCUCCGAGUCUUUCUCUCCGCACGGCUCAGAGUGGUCGCCGACACUACUAUCCACCUACCAAUAGGAGACGACCACUCUAAAUACUUGCCCCCCUCUUUGGACAAUCACCGCCCACCGCGACUCGCGAACCCUUUACUCGCUCGAGUAGGCUUCUUUUGCGGAUCUCUUGUUGACCAGGCUGGGAGGUCCUCCAUCCCCACUCUCGACUCUCUAUAACGUGCACCAACUCCAACACUUUCAAAAGCCCCACGAGACAUUCUUUGACGCAAACGAGCGAUGGGUUUCUCGCAAAGUCGCGAUAAUCAAGCCCUCAGUCACGCAUCUUCUACCUUGUUGGACCCGGAUCCUCCGGCGGCUGCGGCUACUACUACUCCGUUGGCAUCGUCGUCUUUGCCAUGGGCAAGUUCGGACUCGACGCAUUCGGCUUUGAGCCCCGCUGCGAUAUUCAAUGUGGAAGGACUCGUUGCUGUGAUAACUGGUGGAGGGACAGGUAUUGGGCUUAUGAUGGGUAGAGCUUUGGAGAAUAACGGUGCUACGGUGUAUAUCAUUGGCCGACGGCGACAAGUACUUGAAGCUGCAGCUGCUGAACACUCGAAGUUCGGAAGGAUACACCCGCUCGAAGGCGAUAUCACAGAUCGCGACAGCCUCCUCUCCCUCGUCGAAAAAGUCAAAGCCCAGCACGGGUUCAUCGACCUACUCGUGAACAACGCUGGGAUCGCGCGAAACCUCUACCCCCACCCACUUCCAUCACCGAAUGACCCUGCAUCGAGGAGUCAUGACCAGCAUCCGCCUUCGCCUCCAGCCUCGCCAGGCCCGACGCCCCAAGCGCCUUCAAUAAAAGCGUUCCAGAAUACAUUGUGGGAAACGGGGUCACCACAGGAUUUUGCAGAUGUCUUUGCUACGAAUGUUACAGCACCCUACUACACCACCAUCGCGUUCCUCGAUCUCCUACAUCAAGGCAACAUUCGGCGUCAGCGUUUGUCCACCACAGCCGGGGCUGCGUUUGGUUUCCCGUACCAAACAUCACAGGUCCUGACAGUGUCGAGUUCUGGUUCAUUCAGGAUCGAUGCGAAGGUGCUGAGUCCUUCGUACACGCUAUCAAAGAUUGCAGCUACGCAUUUGGGGAAACUGUUGGCCAAUUUGUUGGGUCCGUGGGGGAUUAGGAGUAAUGUGCUUGCUCCUGGUGUGUGGCCUACUGGUAAGCCCAGCGCGUCUAGUUCUCGACGCAUUAUAUGGUAUUCUGACGAGGUAUCGUGA